GAACAUGUCACAAAAUAUUUUUAUCCGCUAUUAUUGUUGCCUCCAAAUAUCCGACAGGAACUUGUCCUUACGAUUCUUCACCAUCUCUUUCUGAAGAAGAUUUACCAAAAUCUUCAUAUGCAUCACCUGUUAAUGAACAAGAAAACUUGCCUGAUUCAAAUAAUUCAUCAUUAUUUUCAACAACUCCAUCUUCCGUCUCAUCAACUGUUUCAUCAAACGCUUCAAUCGAAGAUUAUGAGGAAAUACAUUCGCAACAAUUUAAUAACCAAUUUAAUAACCACCAAUUUAACAAUCAUCAAUUUAACAAUCACCAAUUUAAUAGUCAAUUAAAUAAUCAUCAAUUUAAUAAUCAUCAUCAUCAAUUUAACAAUAAUGAACAUUCUUUAGACCUCAUAAAUCAAAAAAUUGCCGAAAGUUCCGGCAUUUUUUCGAUAAGUGAAAUUAAUAAGGCGGAAAGAUGUUUCCUUAAAGUUUUGGGGAAAUUUCGGCUUAGUGAUAAAAAUGUGGAAGAUUUCAUACAAAGUAACAGGCAGGCUUUAGGAAUAUCAUAA